UGACAGAGCAGGAACGCCCUUUUCACUUCUUUCGCCUUUUCUGCUGCUGCACUCACUCAGCAAAACAAAAACCAACACCUUCAACCUCAAGGCAGAAAGAGUAUAAGUGCCUUUCAGAGUUGAGAAGUACUGCACACACCAAAAGACAGAAAAGCUCUUUAAAGAUGGCGGCAUGGGACCUGUCAGUCACUGUGGAGGACCUGGGCUCUGAAGCUCCACCCAUUAAAAUCAGUGUAACAUCUGACCUCCAUAUAGGCGGGGUCCUUCUAAAAAUUGUGGAAAAAACACAGAUGCAGCAGGACUGGUCUGACCAUGCGAUUUGGUGGGAGCAGAAGCAGCAGUGGAUCUUGAAGACAUCCUGGACACUCGAAAAAAUCGGAAUCCAUGCGGAUGCUCGCCUUUUCUUCACCCGCCAGCACAAGCCUCUGCGUCUGGGCCUUCCUAAUGGGGUCACCUUACGGAUGCUUGUCUGCUUUUCCAGCUCUGUGUUCCGUACUAUCCAGGGAAUCUGCCAGAUGUUGAACAUCAGGCAUCCAGAAGAACUGUCUCUGCUAAGGCCAGUGGAAGAGAAAAAGAAAAAGAAAGACAAAGAUUCUGUGGAGGAGGAGUAUGACCUUACAGCAAUACCACUGACAUCAAGAUCAGUUCCAGCUCUGUAUAAUGGUAUGCCGGCUCAUUUUGCUGACUCCCCUAAAAAUGAAGCUGUCUAUAAGAUCCUGUCUGUGUGCCAGCCAUCUCCUGCUCCGGAGGUCAUUGCUAAACUCUACCGACCAGCCAGCAAGGUGGACAAAACACACAUCCACACCAGGUGGCUGGAUUCAUCACGCUCACUUAUGCAACAGGGAAUACAGGAGAAUGACAAGCUGUGGUUACGCUUCAAAUACUACACCUUUCAUGACAUGGAACCCAAGUAUGAUGAGGUGCGUCUGAUGCAGCUGUAUGAGCAGGCACGCUGGUCAAUCCUGCUGGAGGACAACGACUGCACUGAGGAAGAGAUGAUGCUGUUUGGAGCUCUGCAGUACCAUAUAGGGAAACUGUCAGUGUCUCAGAAUAUUUCCUCCAACCAAGGUAUUGAUGACCUGGAUUCUGCUCUAAAAUCACUGGAGGUCAAAAUAGUGGGAGAGACCACUAACACAGAUCUGGAAAACAUGACCCCUCCGGAACUGAAUGACUACUUGAAGAUUUUUCGGCCAAAGAGAUUAACACUGAGGGAUUACAAACAAUACUGGUUCAAGUUCCAGGACACUUCUAUCUGCUAUUACAAGAGUAAAGAGGAAAGCUACGGAGAGCCCAUCCAGCAAAUGAAUCUGAAAGGCUGUGAAGUGGCUCCUGAUGUAAACAUAGCAGGGCAGAAGUUCUGCAUCAAACUCCUCAUUCCAGUGCCAGAAGGCAUGAUGGAGGUGUAUCUCCGAUGUGAGAAUGAGAAGCAGUACUCUGAGUGGAUGGCAGCCUGUAAGCUGGGUUCUAAAGGGCUGACCUUACUGGAUAGUUCUUAUCAGAGUGAAGUGAAUAACAUCCAGACCUUCCUGGCCAUGCAGCGCUCUAAUUCAUCUGCUUCAGCUGCACAGGCUGAUGAUUGCAUUAACACACUGAGCCUUGUCUCUCCUCGCUACACCAAAAAAUACAAGGCCAAACAGUUAACUCCACGAAUCCUGGAGGCUUACCAAAAUGUGGCUCAGCUCUCCCUUACAGCAGCCAUUUUGAAAUUCCUUCAGAUUUGGCAAUCACUUCCUGACUUUGGCAUUUCCUAUUUUAUGGUGAGAUUUAAGGGUAGCCGUAAAGAUGAAGUCCUGGGCAUUGCAAACAAUCGCCUGAUCCGUGUUGACCUGGGAGUUGGAGACGUAGUGAAGUCCUGGCGUUACAACAACAUGAGGCAAUGGAAUGUCAACUGGGACAUACGACAGGUGGCCAUUGAGUUUGAGAACAACAUCAACAUAGCCUUCAGCUGUGUAAAUGCAGACUGUAAGAUAGUCCACGAGUACAUCGGUGGCUACAUCUUCAUGUCGACACGUGCACGGGAGAACAGUAACACACUAAAUGUGGAACUUUUUCACAAACUCACUGGAGGCCAUGAAGCACUUUGAUCUGCCCUGCCUGCAGAACCACGGCUCAUUUUGCAAUUAGCAUCUGUAUUUUAAACAAAUCUGAAUUCAAAUGUUUUCAAAUUAACAUUUUUUUUUUAAAUAUUCCGAUCAUACUACAUUUAUAUUAUACUACAUUCAUAUAUUAUAAAUCAUCAUAUAUAUCAUGAAGAGCUGCAGUGCAUGUUAUUGUGUUGCUGAUUUCGGUUUGAGAAUCGCAUUUGUAACUACAUAGCGUUCUGUUUGAAUAGACUUGCAGAAAUAUUCAUUCACUCAUUCGUCCUUAUAUCCAUUUAUUUGUCCUCAUAUUCACUGACUGACAGGUGUUGUGAUGUGUGGAUAAAAUCAUAUGCACAAUUAAUCAUACACAAUUAUAUGUAACUACAUGAUAGGUUUAUUUUAAUACAAUACAACAAAUGAACAAUUGUACAAAUGAUUUUGUAAAGAAAUCAUCUGCACUGUACACUCUGACCACUCAAACAUUUCCCCUGAAAUUCAUUACAUUCAAUUUGAGUGACAGUUCAGAAAACCACAGGCUAUCAUUCCCAACACCAGACGUUUAAAAUAGGUCUGGAAACUGUCACAUAUCACAAAAUAACAAUUUUAUCUUUGUUGAACAUCGUGCAUCCUUCAGCUGACCAGACCACAACUAGUGCCUGGCUUUUUUCAGAUAGUCAUGGUGACGUGCAGCUCAAGCUUCCGCCAUCUGUAAGAAGCUUAAGAUGCACUGGAUUCCUAAUCCAGAAAGUUUCCAUGCUGCCAGUUACUAUUUACAGAUGUUUAUGGUUUUGCUGAAGAUCAUGGAUCAAGUGGAAAAAAAUGGGGAAAAAAAAGUGGAGAAAAUCAUCUUUGUCUACUCCAGAUCAAGUUCGCAUGCUGUAAUUAAAAAGCAUAAAUUAAUGUAAGAGGACUGUUUUUCCUGCUUCUGGAAAAAGUCUAACCAAACAUACUUAUUAUUUACAUUUAUAUCUGCUCUUAAUAUUUUCUAAUAUCACACUCAAUCAGUUGUCAGUAACCACAGACAUGAGGAGAACAUGCUCUAAUGAUCUUAAGUAAUUCAUCUUCUCAGAAUUUAAUCUUAACCCAAAAAGACCCUGACCAGAAUAAGGUAUGUACUGAAGAAGAAAUUGAGAACAAAACAUUUACAAAGCAAAAAUGCAUGUGGGAAACAUAUUGUGCAUUACUUCUGCUGCAUCCAAAAGGCUCCCCUGUAAAUGCUACCAAUGUACAGGUGCAUCUCAAUAAAUUAAAUUGUUGUAGAAAAGUUCAUUUAUUUCAGUAAUUGUGAAACUUGUGUAUUAAAUACAUUUAAAUCACA